AUGGCUGCGAUGGCGCCCGCUCUCACUGACGCAGCAGCUGAAGCACACCAUAUCCGGUUCAAACUGGCUCCCCCAUCCUCCACUUUGUCCCCUGGCAGUGCCGAAAACAACGGCAACGCCAACAUCCUUAUUGCUGCCAACGGAACCAAAAGAAAAGCCAUUGCUGCAGAGGAUCCCAGUCUAGACUUCCGAAAUAAUCCUAAGGAAGAUUUGGGAAAGCUGCAACCCUUGGUGGCAUCUUAUCUCUGCUCCGAUGUAACACCUGUUUCCUCGAAGGAAUCGUUGAAAUUGCAAGGUGUCUUCAGCAAGCAGACAGUCCUUAAAUCUCACCCUUUCUUAUCUCAGUCCUAUGAACUCCGAGCUGAGCUGUUGGGGAGACAGCCAGUUUUGGAGUUUUCCUUAGAAAAUCUUAGAACCAUGAAUACCAGUGGUCAGACAGCUCUGCCACAAGCACCUGUAAAUGGGUUGGCUAAGAAAUUGACUAAAAGUUCAACACAUUCUGAUCAUGACAAUUCCAGUUCCCUCAAUGGGGGAAAACGAACUCUUUCUUCAUCUUCUCAGGGGGGUGAAAUGGUGGCAUCUGAAUCAGCGGACUUGAAGGGGGGUAUGACCAAUUGCACUCUUCCACAUAGAAGCCUUGAUGUAGAACACACAACUAUAUUUAGCAAUAAUAGCACUGCAAACAAAUCUUCUGUAAAUUCCAUGGAACAGCCAGCACUUCAAGGAAGCAGUAGAUUAUCACCUGGCACAGACUCCAGUUCUAAUUUGGGGGGCGUCAAGUUAGAGGGUAAAAAGUCUCCCCUGUCUUCCAUUCUUUUUAGUGCUUUAGAUUCUGACACAAGGAUAACAGCUUUACUACGGCGGCAGGCUGAUAUUGAAAACCGUGCCCGCAGAUUACAGAAGCGCUUACAGGUUGUGCAAGCCAAGCAGGUGGAAAGGCACAUUCAGCAUCAGCUCGGUGGAUUUUUAGAGAAAACUUUGAGCAAACUGCCAAACUUGGAAUCCUUGAGGCCCCGAAGCCAGUUGAUGCUGACUCGAAAGGCUGAAGCUGCAUUGAGAAAAGCUGCCAGUGACACCACCACUUCAGAAGGACUUAGCAACUUCCUGAAAAGUGAUUCCAUUUCAGAAGAAUUGGAGAGAUUUACAGCUAGUGGUAUAGCCAGCUUGAGGUGCAGUGAACAAGCAUUUGAUUCAGAUGUCACUGACAGUAGUUCAGGAGGAGAAUCUGAUAUUGAAGAGGAAGAACUGACCAGAGCGGAUCCUGGGCAGCGCCACAUACCUCUGAGGCGCAGGUCAGAAUGGAGAUGGGCUGCAGACCGCGCGGCUAUUGUCAGCCGUUGGAACUGGCUUCAGGCUCAUGUUUCAGACUUGGAAUAUCGAAUUCGGCAGCAAACAGAUAUUUACAAACAGAUACGUGCUAAUAAGGGGUUGGUAGUUCUUGGAGAGGCGCCUCCUCCAGAGAAUGUAACAGCAGACUUGGUUCUUAGUUCUGAGGUGAAGACAGAUCAUGGGAAUGAUAAAUUUACUGAGUCUGUUUCUCAGCCACUGGAAAACCAUGGUGCCUCUGGUCAUCCUUCAGAGUCAUUAUCUACCAAAUCAUAUGGAGCAUUGAGACCUGUCAAUGGAGUUAUUAAUACUCUGCAGCCUGUCUUGGCAGACCACAUUCCAGGUGACAACUCUGAUGCUGAGGAACAAUUACAUAAAAAACAACGACUGAAUCUAGUUUCUUCAUCAACUGAUGGCACCUGUGUGGCAGCCCGAACACGUCCUUUGCUAAGCUGCAAGAAACGGAGGCUUGUUCGACCCAACAGCAUUGUUCCUCUUUCCAAGAAGGUUCAUCGCAGUAGCCCGAUGCGCUCUGGCUGUGAUGUGAAUCCCUUCUGUGCGCUGUGUGGCUCAGGCAGUGCCAAUACCAUGCCUCCAGAAAUCCACUACGAAGCCCCUCUGUUGGAACGCCUUUCCCAAUUGGACUCUUGUGUUCACCCAGUUCUGGCAUUUCCAGAUGAUGUUCCCACAAGCCUGCACUUCCAGAGCAUGCUGAAAUCUCAGUGGCAGAAUAAACCUUUUGACAAAAUCAAACCUCCCAAAAAAUUUUCAUUUAAGCACAGAACACCCAUACCAGGCAGUCUGCCAGAUCCAACUCGUAAAGACAGGCACAAGUUGGUCAACUCCUUCCUAACAACAGCCAAGCUGUCCCAACACCAAACCCGGCCUGACAGGACCCACAGGCAGCACUUAGACGAUGUGGGGUCUGUGCCUGUGGUGGAGCGAGUGACAGCGCCAAAAGCAGAGCGCUUGCCCAACCCACCACCACUUGUGCAUGACCCAAACCACAGCAAAAUGAGAUUGCGAGACCAUUCAUCUGAGAGAAGUGAAGUGUUGAAGCAUCACACAGACUUGAGCAGUUCAAGCUACUUGGCAGCCUCCCACCAUUCACCGCACAGUCCUUUGGUGCGACAGCUCUCCACCUCAUCAGACACCUCUGCGUCCACCAGCUCCAGCCCACAGGUUACAGCCAGCACAUCUCAGCCAAUAAGGAGGAGAAGGGGCGAGAGCUCAUUUGACAUUAACAACAUUGUCAUCCCAAUGUCUGUUGCUGCAACAACCCGUGUAGAGAAACUGCAAUACAAGGAAAUCCUCACUCCCAGCUGGCGGGAGGUCGAUCUUCGGUCUCUGAAGGGGAAUCCUGACGAAGAGAACGAGGAGAUCGAGGACUUGUCUGAUGCAGCCUUCGCCGCCCUGCAUGCCAAAUGUGAGGAGAUGGAGAGGGCUAGGUGGCUGUGGACCACAAGCGUGCCACCCCAGCGGCGGGGCAGCAGGUCUUACAGGUCAUCAGACGGCCGGACAACCCCCCAGCUGGGCAGUGCCAACCCCUCCACCCCCCAACCUCCCUCUCCUGAUGUCAGUAGUAGCCACUCUUUGUUGGACUUCUCCCACGGUCAGUCCCCUAGGAGCCCCAUCAGCCCGGAAGUGCACUCAGCCCCCCUCACCCCUGUGGCACGGGACACUCUACGACACCUAGCCAGUGACGACACCCGUUGUUCCACGCCAGAGCUGGGGCUGGACGAGCAGUCUGUCCAGCCAUGGGAGCGGCGAACCUUCCCCCUGGCGUACAGUCCCCAGGCAGAGUGUGAGGACCAACUGGAUGCGCAGGAACGGGCAGCUCGCUGCACUCGGCGCACCUCAGGCAGCAAGACUGGUCGAGAGUCAGAGCUGGCGCCCACCUCUCCGCCCGUGGUCCCCCUCAAGAGUCGGCAUCUAGCAGCAGCAGUCACAGCUCAGCGUCCAACUCACAGAUGA